GCCGCCCCUCGCCCCCUCUCCUCUGUCCAUUUCCACCGAAACCCUAACCCUAGAUCCAACCCCUCUCCCUCGAUAAUCGAUUGCGUGGGGGACAAUGAAGUUCAAGUUUGAGGGAGGACGGACUCUGUUUAGUCGGUGAUUGUUAGAGAUAGGGGUCAAUAGUUGAUGUAGCCUCGAAUUCAGUAACAACUUGAGAGGACUUGGAUUCAUGAAGAAGAUGAAAAGAAUGGUGCUGUCGGCAACAAUUUACUGGAUAUGGAAGGAGAGGAACACAAGAAUAUUUCAGGAAAAAUGCCGAAGACCUGAUCAACUUGUGAGGGAGGUGAAGCUUUCAGUCAUGAUGAAAGUCUUAAAUGAAGAUAUUCCAGAGCACUUGAGAGGGAAAAUUGAAAAGUUGCCGGAUGCACCAUCGUUUGGUUUAGCUCAUACCUACCAGGUUAUAAGAGUGUUGAAGAGGCAGAAUGUUGUAGGGCAUAUGAUUCUACUACUGAGGCAUACACUUCAUUUUUUAACCACACGAAGCCAGCAGAGGAGGGGGAGAACCAGUAUAGAUUGAACGGACAAGCAAAAGAAUUCAAGCAGCUGAACAUUCAUGUUUGGGAAGCCUUUGAGAAGGGGCAUGACAAAACAAGCAGGCGAGUAGAGGAUAGAAGAAUGUAAAUAGAUUAUAAGUAUAUCUCCUUUCGUUCCAAUUGUAAAUAAGUAUAUAAAUAGAAAAUUAGUUAUUAUCUAUGUAAAUAAUUUCUGUAUCGCUCUAGUAUUUUGGUGAAUGUAUUAUUUAAAUAUAAUUAGAUUUAAUAUUGGAAUAUAAAUAGAUUGUGUUGGAUA